CUAAUCAUAUUCCUUUGGAUUACUCGCGUUUUUGUCUGGUUUUAGGUUAAAGGCAGCUCUUUGGUCAACAAUAUGUUUGAUGUGGUGUUCUUAAAGAAGACUCGCUCGGGAAAAGUGACCAUUGCCAACCCUCUAUUAGGGGAGACGUCAAUGGUCAAGGUGAUCUUGCCGCAAGGAUCGCGCCUUGAGCAUUCAAGUCUCAGGCUAGAGGUCACGCACUCUGGGAGUGGUACGGCAAUCGCUCUUAACGACAAACUCGAAGGAGAAUUCAGCCCGUCUGCAGCAUUCCGUCUGGUACUCUUCGCCAUGACGCGCACGGGCCACCGGUUGCAGCGCGUUUCGCGCGAGAUGAGAGCCACAAGUGCCGUCUUGCGCGCCAAAAUCUCCAACGAUCUCCUGGUUCUCAACAAGAGCUGGAUGAGCCUGCAACACUUCGUGCUUUACAACAACGGAAAGACUGAACAGUUCACCUUUCAGGCGAAAGUCUCCUCCGAGAGAGUCAGUGUGGAAACCCCAGGCCCAAUGACGGUGCGAGAGAAAGGAGAAAAGAGCGGAAUAGUGAAGUUCAGCAGGUGUGAUCUUGACUCGGGGGCCACUGUUACCCUAAGUGUGAUCGCUACUGGGAAGAGCUCUGGGGUCAUUACUACGAUGACAAUGCACUUGAUGGUGGCGUGAGGGGCAGCGGGUCAGACCUCAACAAUUGGAAUAAAUUGGCGGUGGAAUAAAUCUUUGAGAGUUUCGUUAGCGUUCUACAAGUCUAUAACUUUGUUAGCGUUGUAGUUGUUUAUUUAAGCUGUGAAUAAAGAUAAAAGCAUUACGUAAAA